AUGUCUAGAGCGUUGCGGUCUAACUGGAAAGGUCUUUCAUCAUUCGUCAACGAAAGCGUUUCUACUGCUUGGAAUGAAAUUAAGUCGUGCGAUGGAGCCUUGCAAAAUGUGAUAGAUAAUAAUCGCAGUGGCACAGUCACAAAGAUUGAUUGGUCACAAUGGAAAGAACGGAUCGGCAACCCAAAGUUAUUAGAGGCAUUUGAAUCUAAUUAUAAUUGUCUAAUAUCAUUGUUAGAUAAAAUUCCCCAACCAAUAUUGAAGUAUUGUGAGGUAUUAAAACGAGCUGAGGAAGAAUCCGGUAAAUCGGCAGAAGAAGCUAUGAGACUUAUUGAAGACGGAGUAAAGGCCCUGUGGAUAUCUAAUCAUAAUCCUCCUGUAUGGAAAAUAGACCCUAAUGAGUGGUUAGAAUCAGAUCAAUAUUGGCAGGCGUAUAUAGAAAAACAUGCCGUUUUUGCGCCACACAUAGAUUCUUUAGAUCCAGAAUCUCCGGCUGAAAUUGAGGCUCGCAGACAAAAAUGGCAAACAAACGUCGCUAAAUUUAACGAACGUACGGAUACGCCCAUUUUGUAUGAUUAUAUGAACCACUUGCCUACGUGGGAAUAUUACGACAUCAAUCGUAAACAAUUCUACCAACAUAUGUCAUAUUUUCUAAAUCUAACAGGAGAGGAUUUUAGGCAUUUUCCCGAUAUUCCAAAAUGGCAAUGGAUCACCCAUUGUGAAGAUUUGAACUUCAAAUUGUUCGCCGUUCAGCAUAGAAGGAAGGUUGAGAAGCAAUUAACCACAAAGUCUAGACAUGUUUCCAAUGAUUUAGAGCCUGAAGAGGGCCAUUGUGAAGAAACACAUGAAAUGGCUUUUCUCAGUUCAGAAAAAGAGAGAUCUGAAGAGGCACUAAUCUACUUGCUCAGUAACUAUGCAUUUUUAAGUGACCCAUAUAUCCCAUUUGAAAAUUUGUUCCAAUUGGAGUUAAUUAAAUCCAGAUUUGGUGAUGGUAAAUUGUUUUCCUUUGGUGAAGACGUGGAUGUGUUGUUUUUUUUGCCAAACAAGGCACUAAGCACAGUUUCACCUAAAAAGUGCUUCCACCUAUACCUUGACCACCUAGUGAUGAACGGAGUACGUCUAAACCCAUCAUACGCACAAUACUUGGAUAAUACAUUUGAUGUUAUACAACAGAGAGGACCAAAUUGGUUGACACUACCCGGGGAAAGUGUUAGAGAAGCUUUCAUAAGGAGACUAAGGGCAGAUGAUCCGAUGAGACAACACUUUGAAAAGUAUAUAGUCGAGCUUGAGGAUAGAAUGGCAAAUGCAACAGAAGUAGAGGAGAGUGAAAUUAGUGUCAAGUUUAUAAAAUAA